CCGGCGCUGGUGCUGUGCUCCGCUCCAACACCUCGAGGCGCCAUGGAGCAGCCCGGCCGCAGGAGAGGCGCAGCGGCCCGAGCCCGCGGAGUCGCGAGCGGCGGCCCGAUGCGGCCCAACGGCAGCGGCGCUGAGGCUUGCCUCCCGACCGUCAAGGCGAGGAGCGAGAGCGAGAGCAGCAAGGCGUCGACGUCGGACUGCAGCACAGCAAAGGCGCAGGUAGCACAGGCGCCGGCGCAGCAGAGCACCAGCAGCGCAGUCGGCGUCCGGCGGCCGCUCGUCGACUACUCGUCGUCGUGCGACGGCGACGACGAGGCAGAGAGCGCUGCGACACCACCACCACCCGCUCCGCCAGCAGCACAGCCUGCUCUCCGCUGGCCGCUCGGCGCUCACGCGCUCCUGUGGGCCGACGCCGCAGAGGAGGAGGCGCACCUCGAGUCGCGCCAGACGACGCCUUCGCCAGCAGCCUCGCCCGCACGCAGCAUGAGCGCGUCCAGCUCCUCCUCGAGCGGCGUCGCUCGCUCCAGCCACGUCUCGCCUGCCUCGCUCCCGCCGACACGCACGGCGUCCUGCUCGGUAGAGAGCGAGUUCAUCUCUGCUCCCUCGGGCAAGCCGUACAAGAAGGCGCCGAUCUGGAGCGACAGUCGCCAGGAGCUCUGCGAGUCGCUGCCGUGGUUCCGCGCCUUCCAGUCCGGCUGCUACACGCAGGGCGCGGGCGUGCACGGCGCGAGCCGCCUGCUCAAGGAGGCGCGCGAGCAGCCGCACGUGGCCACGCGUGACUCGACGCCGUAUGGCUACCUGCUCGGCGGCUUUCCCAGCCUGCGCGACUGCUGGGCGGACAACGGGCGCGUCAUCAUCUCGCACGGCGGCGGCAAGUCCGGCGGCGAGGUGGAGCAGGCGGACGACGAGGAGCCGGGCGAAGUGCCCAAGAAGCACCAGGCCGCCUCGCUGCAGAAGAACUUUGGCCUGCGCGGCGACCAGAAGGAGACGGACCCCAAGGUCACGGCGCUCGUGCAGUCGCACCGCAACGGCACGCCGCUCGUGCUGCUCACGAGCGACGAGUAUGCGCUGCUGCCAUUCACGUUCCAGGGCGCGUUUGCCGUGCUCGGCUGGUACUACAUCACAGACGUGUGGCAAGAACGCGAAGGAGGCGACGGCGAGGAGGCCGGCAACGUACGCUGGAAGUUCCGCUUCGAGUGGGUCGCAGCGCAGGGGCCGCCGUGGUGGGAGGAGCAGAGGGCGAACGGCACGCAAGCGCAGCCAUCCGCGAGCGACGCUCACGUCCGCAAGAAGUUCAAGCGAGAGGACCGCGUCUUCGACAUGUGCUCCGACGACGAGGGCACGCCGACGAGCGCCUCUUCCUCGACGUUUGCGGGCUCCUCCCCGUGGGCGGUCGCGGGCUCGUCGGCGUUCAGCUUGCCUGGCCCGCGCGCGCCCGAUCCCUUGACGCUCGAGCAAAAGCGACAGCGCUUCGCCGACCCGAAUCGCCGCCGGACGCACAGCACGCUCACCGCCGUCGACGUCGGGCCGUGCAAGCCAUGCAAGACGAGCGCCGUGUGCUCGCUCUGCAAGCAGGGCUCGCCGCAGGUGUUCAGCAACGCCUGGAGCUGCCUGCGCGAGAACUGUCGGCUUUUCUGGGCGGGCUUGCCACGAGGCCAGCGUGCCGUGCAGGAGCUCGUCUUCCACGAGACGUUCCUGCGCUCGCGUCUUCGCCAGCCGCACGGCGACAGCGCCGCCGACUUGCCGUUCAAGCUCGCGCCGGCCCAGCCUGCCGCACAGGUCGAUGUGCAGACCGCCAACGACAUGCGCGGCUGGCACUGCGUGGCGUGCGGGCGCCUCUCGUGCCGCCAGCUUGCGGGCGCCUACACGUGUCAGAACGCGCGGUGCGGCAGGAAGCUCGUGGUGCAGCCGGCGCUGUUGGACCCGCCGCAGCCGACAGCUCAGAUGCCGCAGCUCGAGGACGCCGUCAUCCACGGCCGCUCCGGCAUCACGAUCCAGCUGCGCACCGUCGACGGCAUGCGCAUCGCCACGUACACGUUCCCCAACAGCUGGGGCCGGCUGCACGUCAUCGAGACGGAGAGCGGACGCGACAGCGAGGCAGACGAGAUCUUCCGCUACAUGCAGCUGCCGCUCGGCGACGGCGCGAUCUCGGAGCCCGCGACGUGGCAGCACGUCACGCGCUUCCGCCGGCACCCGCUGGCGUGCCAUGAGAUGAAGGGCGUGCUGCUCAGCCAGCAGUUCACGUGCAACUACGGCGUCGCGUACAAGCACGCCGUCAAGAUCGAGACGACGCCGCUGCACGAGGCGCCGCGCGGCGUGCAGCUCGGCAUGGCGCUGAUCCGCAAGCGCGUGGCCGAGGCCGGCAUCGAGCUGAGCAAGGAGAUGAACGAGAUCUACCCCGUCAAGUACGUCGAGUCGCAGCGCAUGAACUUCCACGACGACGGCGAGCCCGGGCUCGGGCCCGUCGUGGCGUCGCUCUCGCUUGGCGUGGCAGCGACGAUGAAGUUCCGCCUCAAGGCGCGCUUCACGCACAAGAACGCCGCCGCCGCCGAUGCCGCCGACGGCGACUCGCGCAUGCUCGCGCACGACCGCACCGUCAUCUCCCUCCCGCUGCGCCACGGCAGCGUGUGCAUCCAGGACGGGCACAACGUGCAAUCCCACUACGACCACGCCGUCGAGCCGCGCAACACGAGCGGCUCGAGCGGCGCCGGCGGCCUGCGCUACGCCCUCACGGCGCGCGCCAUCUACGAGGAGAUCAAGAGCAAGCCGAGCAAGCCGGGGCGUGCGGCUCCGCGUGGCUCGACUGCACCGCGUGCCCCGGCUGCACCGCGCACCUCGGCCGCGAAGCGGGCCAAGAAGCCGCCAAGCCACGAAGACCCGGACGUGGGCGACAUAGCGAUCGACAGCAUCCUCAAUGCUGUAGACCCCGGAAGAAACGGCUGCAUCCCGGGGCAACUCCCAGCGGACACGGCAGACGAAGAGACCGUUGCGGAUGCCCUCUGAAGCGCCACUGCCUGCCAAUUUCCUCCCCAUCACUCACUUAUAUACCACGCUCCAGCCCCUCAUUUAUCACACCUAGACGUCGCGUCACGAAUGCCCAUUACCGUCGCCCCUCGCCCGCCUGUCCUACCUCUAGACGUGCACGCCGACAGUCGUGAAGAGCGCGACAAUGCCGAAGCCGAUGCACAGCGAUGCGCCGCCGGCGGUGACGAUCUCGGUGAGCGCGAUGCGGCCUUUUGGCAGGCUGUGCGGCAAGUGUUGGCGGCGUGAGCGGGACGCCGGCGUCUCGUCGCCCGGCCAGCGCUGCACGUGCUGCCACGCGCACGGAGCGCUCGUGGAGCUUCCUCAGCUCUCUCUCGCAAGCAGCACUCACGUCGUGAAGUAAAAGGAGAGCAGAAAGGCAAGCGCCAGCAGGAUGCCGGCGAGGUACGGCAUGACGGCGACGGGCAGCGCCGGC